AUGAGCGACGCGCGCGUCCUCGCGAACGCGGCGGCCGCGCGCGCGAUGUUCCAACACGGCUACGACAACUACCUCGAACACGCGUUCCCGCACGACGAGCUGCGGCCGAUAUCCCGGACGUACACGGACUCGCUCGGCGAGCUCGGGAACUUGAAGCGCGAGCACCUGAGCGAGACGUACGCCGGCGUCGCGCUGACGCUGAUCGACGCCACGAGCACGCUCGCGGUGUUGGGAAACGUCACUGAGUUUACGAGGAAUGUGCGAUGGAUGGAGCGAAACUUGAACUUCGACGCGGACGUGCGCGUGAACGCGUUCGAGUGUAACAUCCGCGCGCUCGGCGGGCUCCUCUCCGCGCACGUCAUCGCGGGCGGGGACAUAGGGAUGCUCGAGGCCGCGUUCAUGCCGUCGUACAAGGGCGGGUUACUCCCGAUCGCGCACGACCUCGGGAAGAGGCUCCUUCGCGCGUUCGACACGCGCACCGGGAUGCCGUACGCGUGGGUGAACCUGCGUCGCGGCGUGAGAGAAGGCGAAGGCGCCAACGUCGCGGCGGUGGGGUCGUUCUCGCUCGAGUUUGGCGCGCUCUCGCGUCUCACCGGCGACGACGCGUUCGAACUGGCGGCGACGAGGGCGACGAAGGCGCUGUGGUCGCUCCGCAACCGCGCGACCAACUUACUCGGGAACACGCUCGACGUGCAGACCGGGCGGUGGGUGGAUCGAAGCGGCGGCGUCGGCGCGGGAUGCGACUCGUUCUUCGAGUACCUCUUGAAGAAGCACGUCGCGUUCGGGGACGAGGCGCGUUCUCCUAUUCACACCGGUCCCCAUGCGACCGCCGCCGACGCGUUCUCCGACGCGUACGUCGCGGCGACGAAGCACUACCGCACGCCGGAGGGUUGGUACCACGAGUCGAACAUGGACACCGGCGCGCCCACGCAUCUGCAGGCGACGUCGCUGCAGGCGUUUUGGCCCGGGUUGCAGGUGUUAAACGGCGACGUUCGAGCCGCGAAAAAGACGCACGCGCGGCUGUGGAGCGUGUGGCGAAAGUACGAGAUGUUCCCGGAGCGGUAUCAGUACGUCGACGGCACGCUGCACGCGUCGGAGCGGUAUUAUCCGCUCCGGCCGGAGCUCGCGGAGUCGACGGCGAUCUUGUUUCACGCGACGCGCGACGAUUCGUAUCGCUUCAUAGGCGAAGAGAUCAUUCGGGAUAUCAACCGUCACGCGCGCGUGCCCGGCGGGUUCGCGUCCGUGAAGGACGUGCAGUUCAAAACCCUGGAGGACCACAUGCACAGCUUCUUCCUCGCGGAGACGUGCACGUAUCUGUACUUGCUCUUCGACGACUCGUUUCUAUCGACGCGGAACGUCAUCUUCAACACGGAGGGGCACCCGCUGCCGCUCAGGGACGCGAUGCGCGCCGCGAAAGCGCGCGCGGAGGAAGAGGAGGAGGAGGAGGAGGAGGAGGAGGAGUACGACGAAGAGGCGCGCGCGAAAGCGGACGCGGACGCGUCGGUCGGCGGGUCCCCGGUUGGUGCCCGCGACGGACCGCGGUGCCACGUUCUGGACGCGGAUCGAGACGCGCACACGUGUCGCGACGACAGCGAUUGCGGCGUCGACGCGGACACGUGUGCGAAGCGGAAGUGUUCCGAGCACCGGUACUGCUACACGCCGGCGUGA